ACAGGACUCUUACAGCCCUGGCUCGCGUUCUGGCUCACGUUCAGUGCUUUCCUGACAUAGCUCCUUGUCGAGACUUCCUUGCAUUCUCAAUAGUCUCGCAGUGAUGAAUAAUAUCAGUUAGCUUUGAUGCCUGGCCUUAUACCAGCUUGGAGAGCGCUCUCGCGGGUGCUUUUGCUCCUGGGCGUCGUGCUUCAUGUCUUUCCUGCAAGCGGUGCUCCUGCUUCACCUGAUAAAUGGGACUCAGAUGCCAUCUACAGCUCAGGCGGAAGCUCGACAAGCCUGCCGCGCCUGCUUGAUGACGCCCCCUGCGCACGUUACACAGCGGAGGACGUCAGCCCCAUCCUGCUCAGCCCAGGCGCGCUAAGAGGCGCCGCGGGGGGUGUUGCAGGGUAUGUCACGUUGCGCUCAGCCGCGCUGCACCGCAGCCGUGCCAGCCCACUACGAGUGGACGUCGCUAUUACCCACCCGGACCUGCAUUUUGCCAGCCCACGGCGGGAGCCGGUUGAUGACGAUAGCGGCAGCAGUGGUGGCAGUAGCAGUAGCAAUGCUGGCAGCGGUGGUGGCAGUAGCAGUAGCAGCCGCGGCGCAAACGUGCGCGCCCGCCUGCUGACUCGUCUGCCGCUCAAGUACGACCCGUUGCGCAUCGGCGCGGGCGGGGGCGCCGGCGGGGGCAGCGGAGGUUGUGACUUCGGCGAUGGCGAGGAUGAAGAGGCGGCCGACCUCUCUGCCGGCUCAGGCUGGGACGGCAUUGCCGCCAGCGCCAGCGCCGGCGCGUUGGUGAAUGACACCGGCAGUAGCAGUAGCAGAAGCAGCAACAGCAGCAGCGCAGGCAGUAGCAGCAUGCCUGUGUCGGCGGCGGUGGGCUGCGGCGCACGGCGCGCGAGUUUGGAGCUGCCGCUGCCACCGGCCAUGUUUGAGUGCUCGGCGGAGGCGGAGCCGGGGGCGCGGGCGCUCUUCCUCCUUGUGCAGGUGGAGCUGGGCACGCAGGCUUGCGGCAGCGCCGCAAGACCAGAUUACGCGGGUGUUACUGCCGCCGCUGCGGCUGCGGCGGCUGCGGGCGCUACAGCCAGUGCCAGCGGCGGCACGCGCUGCACCUACGUCAUGCUGACUGCAGAAUGCCGCCCGGAUACCUGCACACCCACUGGCGGUGCUGGCAGUAGCAGCGGAAGCAGCCGCGGCAGCAGCCGCGGCAGCAGCCGCGGCAGCAGCAGCGAGGUGGAGAUUUGGGACGGGGAGGCGUAUGAGGAGGAGGAAGAGGCGGAGGAUGCAAGGCCGGGCUCGGUCGGGGCCGCUGCGAGGGCUCGGCGAGGAGUGGGCGUGGCGCGCCCCGCCGGUACCAAACUGCCGCUGCCGCUACCGUUACUGGCGUUACUGGUCGGGGCAGGCGCCGCCUGCUUGGCAGGCUUCGUGUUGCGCGGAGUCGACGGUCGCCGCGCUGUGCUACAGCCGCGGACAGCCACCACCACUGGUGCUGCAGCCGGCCCGGCCUCGGCUGUAGCAGCCUCAGCGACGCAGCGACUCGAUCUGCUCAGCUCCAUGUCUGGCAGUAGCAAUUCCCGCGGCGGUGCCACCGCCAACGCCAGCGCAGCCGCAGCCAUUGCCGCCUCUAAUGCCGCAGCCGAUGCUGCAGCUACAGCCAACGCGGCUGCUACAGUCGUGGCGGCGGGGCUCCUUCUGGCGCAGCGGCUGCGGGAGCUGGAGGCGGGGCUGGAGAGCUGCAGCGAGGCCACCGGCGAUGAAGCCAGUAGUGAAGCGGGCGUCAGCCAUCAUCGCGGCAGUAGCACUGCUACUGCUGCUGGCACUGCUGCUACAGCCGAUGGUUCAAACAGCCCGAGGUUUUACAGCAAAAGCCAGUCGCUCCUGGUGUCGCAGCCACUCGAGGCGCUGUCGCCGGCGGCGGCGGCGGCGCGAUCCGGGAUCGGAACAGGUGCGCCGCCGUCUCAGCCGCCGCUGGCGGCGCCGCCGCGAAGGCACAGGCUGUCGUCAGCAGGCGGCGCGGCAGCGGUGAAUGGGACCGGCGCAAUGCAGCAUUCCAAACCAGCCAGCCCCUAUGCUGGAACCCCAUUCGCUGGGAGCCCCUUCGCUGGAACCCCAUUCGCUGGGGUUCCGUACGCUGGAAGCCCCUACGCCGGCGCGCCACAAGGCGGCAACCCUUUCGCGAUGAGCCCGUACCAGGGGAGCCCGUACCAGGAUAGUCCGUACAACGACAGCCCGUACAACGGCAGCCCGCACGGCAGCCACACUUCCACCCCCAGGACCAGUUGGUACGGCCAAGCCGGCGGCAGCUUCGGCGGCGGUGGCGACUUCGCGGCAGAAGCAGGCGUGGCAGCGGCGUCAGCCGCCGCCACAGCAGCGGCAGCGGCAGCAGCAGCCCGGUGGUGGUCGAUCGCGCCGUCCGACGCACCGUCCGAGGCGCCGUCCGAGGCGGCCCUGCGGACGCACGUGGAGGGUAGCAGCAGCGGCAGCGACGGCAUUGGCGACAGCGAUGCCGAGAGCGCACGCGGGAUUCGAUUCGGGAGCGCGUCGCUGCUCACCGGAGCCCCGGUGCGGGUGCUUGCGCCUGCGCAGCGUUUCCAGCCUUCGGCGCUGCUGGAUCCGGGGCCCAACACGGGCAACAACAGGGGUGCGGGCAUGGGCAUGGGCGGCGCAGGCAGUGGCGGCGGUGGCAGUGGCAGUGGCGCAGGCAGCCUGGGACACGGCGGCCGCCGGCGCUUUCGAUCCAUGUGCACCAGUGACAGUGGCGUGCUGCGUGUGACGGCCACCGUGGCGGCGGCCCGGGGCCGCCUGCCCUCCUCGCAGGGGCAACUCACCCAGCCCGCCCACCACCGACCGCCGGGCCAGCUCACAGUCGCGGCUACAGCCGCCGCCACCGCCGCCGCCACAGAAGACGCGGCUGCUGCUGCCGGCAGCAUUACGGUUACGAGCGACCCGGACUCGGAUUGGGAACAGGAUGUCGCAGCGGUGGCGGCCAGCGCGGCGGCUACAGGAGCGGCAGACCGGCUGCAGCCCAUGCCACAGCACACGCCACAGCACACGCAGCAGCACACGCCACAGCGCCAGGCCGCAAUGCGGACCUCCAUGUCAGGCCCUCACGGACUGCCGCCGCGGCCGCGCGCCACGGAUCAAGGCCACCUUCCGCUGGUGGGGUGCCCGCCGGGUUCGGGUGGCGCCGGCGGGGGCCCGCCGCUGCAGCUGCUGCCGGACGGCCGCAGCCGCAGCCACAGCCACACCGGCAGCUGCCGCUUCACUCCAAUGGUGUGCAGCCCCGUGGGCAGUCCCGGCAGGCCCGCCCAGUUUGAUGGACCCCUCUUUCACCAGCACCACAUGCAGCAACAGCAGCAGCCGCAACAGCCGCAGCAGCAGCCGCAGCAACAGCAGCAGGAGAAUCGCGUGUCCCGCACGGGACUCAGGGGCACUGUGGCGUCGCGGUUCUCGAUGGACGCCGCAGCCACGGGCACAGCGGCAGCGGCAGCAGCAGCAGCGGGCACAGCCACAGCCACAGCCACAGCCACAGCCACAGCCACAGCGGCAGCAGGCACAGCAGCAGCAGCAGCGGGCACAGGUACAGCGGGCAUAGCAGCAGCAGCAGCAGCAGCAGCAGCAGCAGCAGCAGCAGCAGCAGCAGCAGCAGCAGCAGCAGCAGCAGCAGCAGCAACAGCCGCACCUAUCACAGGAGCAGCGGGCACAGGGGCAGCAGCAGCAGCUGCUGCUGCAGCAGUAGGACCGGCGGCGGCGUCCGCGGUCCGACCGCCUCCAGCCACAGGCACCCAGGCGCCCUGCAGCCCCGCUGCAGCGCCUGCAUCUGCCACGGCAUCUCCGGCGCGCAUCUCUCCGCUGGUGGCGCCGCCGCUGCAGCAGCUGCAGCAGCAGCUGGCGCAGCUGCCGCAGCUGAGGGUCCGCAGCACCACAACGCAGCAGCCACCGCUGCCUCACUCGCACCUGCACCCGCACGCGCAGCAGCGGCCGCCGGUGCCGUCCCUGCCAUCACACGGCCGGGUUGCGCUCUCCGCUGCAGCCUCGCCUGUGCACUCACCAACAGCACAAGCAGGCGCGUUUGCGGGUGCGGGCACGAGUGCUGGUGCGCGCUCGGUCCCUGGCUCGGCAACAUUGUACUCUGCUGUGCCCAACGCAUUUCCACCGUCAGGCGCGGCGGCAGCGGCCACUGUGGCGAGGGUGGCGGGCGGCCUGGCCUCCAGCUGUAGCAGCCCACGGCUGGCAGGUGUGGCGGCUGUAGCAGGUCCGGCGUUGGGUCGUGGCGAUGGGGCGCCUGUGUCUUCCGCGGCUCCCCCGCCUUUACUCGGUGGCCAGGGGGCCCGAAGCCGCCUAGCUCAGGAGGUGCUGCCGCGCGCAAGCGCGUCGUAGGGGCAAACGUGAUCAGCAGCCGCAUUCCGGCACCCCAUAUGAAUGAAUUCAAGGCGUCAAGAAGGGCCAAGCUGUGCGCGCAAACGCACAUUUGCAUCUGGGGCUCGUCUGGGUGAGGGCGAGUGACACGGUUGGCUGUGUUGGCUGCUGCGGAGCGGAGCUAGGCAUGGGCUGCUUUGUGAUUGUAGAAACACAGGGAUGUCCAUGCUUUGACUCACCCGAUUUGACACAGCAGUGCAUCACUGGAACUCGAAUACGGUCUAUGGCAAUGCAGGGACGCCAUAUUUGGGCAGUGGAUGGAUUAGUGCAGUGGUUUUGAGGUGGAUGUUUAUCACGCGCAUGUGUGGUGGCGCACUGCCGUAGUAGAUAUCUGGUAGUCGUAGUCGCAGGUUAGGCCCAGGGGGAUGCGCGCGGACCUUUUCGCAAGCAGAACAACUUACAUGCGUGUCAGGCAUUAACAGUUAUCAAUGCAGCUCUGCUCUGGUUUCUCUGACACGUGUGCUCUCAAGGGAGGUCUCGAAAUGCGCAAUCUAUCGUACGGUAAUCACGCCAUACAUGAACAUGCGUACAUCACACGCAUCAUAAGCUGCAGCAUGCCUGGCGCAAUGGCGCGCAACGAAUCAUCAGGUGUCAACUAACAUCAUCACAACAAAAUACAAAUCAUAAAUCAAGGUGCUAGAUAAAAGGCGGACGCCGGCGCCCGGCAUCCCGCUGCAUGAUGUACCGCACAGCACACCAGCUCAUCCUGCCACAAUCUUCUCCAGCUUACCUUGCAGUGGCUGCGCUGCGCAUUCGAGCGUUUGUAUGUACCUUGAAUCCUUGAUGCUAUGCGCCAACCAUGCAGCGAAGACGAGACUGCCUGACCAGCUAAUCUGCGAACGAUGUAAAGCACUCAGUCG